UUUUGCAGCAGCCUCUUUAAACCAUAUUUGUUAAACUCAUCCUUCUCCCCCGCCCUCAGUGCCGCCGAGGGUGGAGCUCAGUGCCGCGAUGGAGAAGGGCGUGAAGGUGAAGGCGGGCUCUAGCAUCACGCUGGAGGCCCAGGUGUUCGGGAAGCCCAUGCCCCGAGUCACCUGGAAGAGAGGCGACGACAGCCUGAAGUCCAGCGAGGGCCAGGUCCUCACGCACCUCAGGAACCACUUCCAGCUGGACAUGACCUCCGUCAGCAAGGAGCACACAGGAACCUACAGCAUCGUGGCCGAGAACGCCAGCGGCACCAAGAGCGCCGAGAUCCCCGUGGUGGUCCUGGACGUGCCCGGCCCCCCUGCCAGUGCCCAGUACCUGGAGGUGUUCGCCCUGAACAUCAAGCUAUCCUGGCAGCCCCCCCUGAAGGACGGCGGCGCCAUCAUCACCAACUACAUCGUGGAUAAACGUGAGACCAGCCGCGCCAACUGGGCUCAGGUCUGCGCCAAAAUCCAUGCCGACGAGAAGGAGCUCGACGUCGGGAAGCUCAUCGAGGGCCGGGAGUACCAGUUCAGGAUCCGGGCCGAGAACACCUGGGGGGUCGGAGACCCUCUGGUUACCGGACCCGUCAUCGCCAAGAACCCCUACAAUGUUCCCGGCCCCUGCGAGGCGCCUUUGGUCACCAACGUGACCUGCGACCGCAUGACGGUGAGCUGGAAGGAGCCUGCGGACGACGGGAAGUCCCCCAUCGUGGGCUACAUGCUGGAGAAGAAGGAGGCCAAGGACCUGAACUGGACCAAGCUGGGCAGGAAGAUCCUGACCGAGCGAAGCAUCGAAUACACCGGCCUGACCGAGGGCACCGAGUACGAGUUCAGGGUCAGCGCCGUCAAUGAGGCCGGGCAGGGCAAGCCCAGCGAGCCGUCCGCCACCACCACCGCACAGAACCCCAUCACUCCCCCCGGCCCCGUGGUGAACCCCACCAUGACCAACACCACCAACAGCACCAUCAGCCUCUCGUGGACGGAGCCCUCCAGCAACGGGGGAAGCCCCGUCCUCGGGUACUUGGUGGAGAGCAGGAAGGGCGAGGCCAAGGACUGGGUGCGCUGCAACGUGCCCAGGAACCUGCAUGACACCGCCUACACCAUCCAGAACCUGGAGCACCGGGCUCAGUACCAGUGCCGCGUCACCGCCGUCAACAAGGUCGGCUUCGGAGAGCCGGCGGAGGUCCCCGGGAAACACGAGGCCAAGGACAUCAUCAGGAGGCAGCAGCUCGGCCCCCAGCAGCAGGAGAUGGCGUCUGACGGAGCAGCGAUCAUCCCUGUCACUCAGGCUGUACCCGCCGGGGAGCGCCACGACAGGGUCUGGCACUACGACGAGGAGUUCCGGUCGGGUGCUGGGUCUCCUAAACCAGCAUCCUGUGGAUCCCUGGAGCAGGGAGAGGGGGCGGCCAUCAGCGGGGGCUUUGUGGCCCUGAACCUGAGCUCUGGGAGGCAGGACAUUGACUCCAGGGAGUGGGUAAUGGUGGAGAGGCCCGGUGGCUCUCCAGGAGCCAAGACCGCCACCUCAGAGGAGGAUGAGGAGCCAGAGCUGCUCCAGCGGGGGGAUCAGUCUCCGGGCUGGGAAAAGUGCAGCCCCAGCCCUCUCUCUGGCAAAGCUAGACGAGAAAGCACGGCUUCCUCCAAGGGAAGUACAAAAGUGGACAAGUUGGAGCUUAGCGUGGGCCCCAUCGGGAGUCUGCCUCCCGUUACUCCUACCAGCCCGGGUGAAGCUCUGGCUGAAGGAGUUCUCACUCAGUUCCCCACCUCUCCUCCGUCCCUGCCUGAGGAAGUCGCUUUCCGGACCUCCAGCCCCAUCCCUCUGCGCUCUCCCAGCCCUCACACACUCCUGACCACCCUGUCGGACCCGUUGCACCUGCGCCACCCUCCCUCCCUGAGGCGCAGCAUGUCCGUCGACCCGCAGCAGCAGGAGCGCGCCUCCUCCUCCUCCUCUUGCCACGCCUCCCUCCCACAGUACCCCGCCCCCGGCACCCGCUCACCCGCUCGCAGGAAACUACCAGCCAUCCCGGCGGGCGCUGCCAACGCCAAGUUUCCCUCCGUCAUACGCAUCACUCGUGCCCAGCUGCAGCAGUUGACGGCUCAGCGUCCCUCUGGGCUCUCCUCCCUGUCGGGAUCAGACAGUGCUCAACAGUGCCUCCUGCUGGAGAGGCGGAGUGAGGCUGAAGCCGAGGCUCAGCAGGUGCAGGAGCGCACAGCGGACAUCAGCUCCCCCCAGGACCAUGUGCCCACCAAUCCCGGGACUCCUACAGACCCCCUGGCUGAGAUAAUGGUCAAUGGAGACAUGUUUCCCAAAACUCAGGGCCCUCCGCCAAACCGUUUGUCUUCCCCUCGUUCCCUACGUUCCCCACACUCGCCUCCUCUGCGCUUGCCUUCCUCUCCUCGCUCUCCUCGCUCCCCUCACUCCCCUCACUCCCCUCACUCCCUUCACUCUCCUCGAAGCCCCUUGUUUGCCAAUGGCCACCUCUCCCCCACUGUUAACAGCCAAAGGGAUUUAAGUAACGGGGCGUUCCCCAAGCUGAAGGACCCUGAGAAUGAUUCUGGCCCGACUCCCUGUGCCACAGAGCCUCAGCUGAGGGGGGAGGCGAGCAGAGAGGUGAACCACGAUCACACCGAUGGACCACCCUCCUCCUCCCCGGCUGCCCCCCGUAAGGCCCCCAGCCGGAGGCACAGUCGCAUCCCAGUCCUGGAGCCCUCCAGCCUGUUGGAUCUCCCUCCUGCGGGGUCUGCCAAGGAGAAACUCCUACAGAAGAAAGCCAACCACCACGGAUCGGCCCCCUCUCCCACUGCUUCCCCCUCCCUCUCUGAUAGGCGUGGCCCCAUGGUGGCGUCCCUCGCUAGGGACCCGCUGUCCUCCACCUCUGACCGCUCUCAGGACGAGGACUCUCUCAUGGGCUCCCGCUCAGACCGGCAGGGAGACGACGGCCCCUCCCUCUCCUCCUCCUCCAGCCCUCUGUCCCGCAAGAGCAGGAUCCCGCGUCCCGUUCAUCCGGUAUCUUCUGCUGAGCAGCUGGCCGCCCAAUACCUGCCGCGCCCGCCCCCUGGAAAACCACCGGGCCGCCCCACAGCGGAGGCUGGCCGCCCAAUACCUGCCGCGCCCGCCCCCUGGAAAACCACCGGGCCGCCCCACAGCGGAGGGCUCAGGCGUUACCGCAUCCGAGCCGGCAGCAACAGUGACUCAGACCUGCUGUCGUGCCUCGCUCAGCUGAUGCACGGCUCCCGGGGCUCUCCCCUCCACCACCGCUCCUCAGCCCAGUACGGGGGCUCUAGGAUGGGCGUCUGCAGCCUGACGAGCUCCCCCCACCACCACCGCAGCUCCAGCGCCUCCCCGCGCAGCUCCUCCUCCCUGCAGCGCUCCGUCAGCUCCUCGCCGUCCCGCCACGAGCACCGGGGGGGCGGGGGAGUGGGUUGCCUGGGCCGCAGCCGCUCACCUCCCAGCUUCUCCGGCUCGCCACCUCCCCGCCGCUUCUACCCUCACCACCAGGAGACCUGCUGCAGCCGCCAGGCGCGCACGGGCCCCUUCCACCUGUCCAGGGGAAAGAGCUGCAGCCGAGACGGCAAGUGCUCGAGCAAGCUGGCCAGAUAG